AUGCUCGACUUGGACCAGGAUCAGCAGGAUCAGCAGCCAAUUUGUCAGAGCAAACCCCAGUCUCCCCCUCCCCCGGGGGUCGCUGGCCCUCGUCCUCCUCCCGUCGCCUUUCCUUCCGGGGUUUUGUCGAGUCCGGUCAAUCUCGGCCAGAAUCACCCUCAUCAGGCCAGUCGUACUCUACUAAGCUACCGACAGCUAAGGGAUGCCCUGAUCGAGCCCCUGUCCGAUAGUAACUUACUGUUCCCAUGGUAUCGAUCGCGAUCGAGAGCAAGGCCCAAGGAUCCCUCCUACCCCUCUCCCCUUCCCCCCCGCCCCGCGUGGGGAAUUCCUGGCAAGAAAGAGAUUGUCAUGACAGCCUGCGGAAAAAUCCGACGUCUUUCGGGUCGUAUGCUAGAGCUUCGGGGACUGUUCGACUCAGUGCCCAGUCCACCAGGCAAGCACGCAAUACGCAAGCUCGACGACGCUCCGGACCCUCCGUUACCCCCUCCCCUCCCCUCCUCCCCCCUCCCAUCCAAGUCGGCACUGCCCCAUCCGAUCGCACGUGGAAUAAGACCCUAG